UAAACCUCGAUAGUCGAUAAUAUUCCAGACACUCCAAUCGAGAGAUUUUACGGAUAAUAAACACUUACAAAUAAUCAACAUGGGAUACGGUGGUGGCGGUCGAAGCUAUGGAGGAGGCGGUGGUAGUCGUGGUGGUGGCCGAGGUGGUCGAUACAUAUCCCCCGAGGAGGAGGAUGCGCUUAGACACACCACUUCACUGUAUGUCGGCGGCAUCCCGUACAGAUGGCGCGAGCGUGAGGUCGAAGAUAUGUUCGACCGCUAUGGUCGCAUUGCAUCGCUCACGGUAACGUACGACAGAGAGACUGGGCAGAACAAGGGCUUUGCGUUCGUUACCUUUGAGGACCGUCGCGAUGCCGAGGACGCUUUUGAUGAUUUGCAAGGAGAGAACAUUGACGGGCGUCGUAUUCGGUUGGAUUGGGACGCGGGAUUGCGUAACAAAGCACGCAGUGGCCGAUUUGACGGUGGUGGCCGAGGCGGCGGCAGCAGUAGAAGAGAUGAGCGUCGGCGAUCACGCAGUAGAUCCAGAUCUCGUGGCCGUGGACGUGAUCGCAGACGUUCACCGUCAUACUCGCGAUCUAGAUCGCCAAGGAGGGAUCGCAGCCGCGGCCGCAAGAGUGUCUCCAGAUCUAGGAGCAGAUCCAAGUCCAGAUCUAGAUCUAGAUCCCCAGCCAGGAAGGAUGUCAAAGAGUCGUCCAAGUCGCCUGCGCCCCGUGAGAAGUCCAAGUCGCGUUCACGCUCGAGGUCGCACAGCCGCUCGCGUUCACGCUCACGCUCGCCUGUCAGAGAUUCAAAUGACGCCGAGGACAAGGCGGCGGACGCCGAACUCGCAGACGAGUAGAUACACAAAUAUAAUGUUGAGUGAGGAGCAUAUACAAGAAUAGACUUAUCGUGUGAUGGCUAUUGCGAACAUUUGGUUUAGUCGCCCUUUAGAGAGACUACACGGUUGGGCAUAAUCAAUAAACAUAUCUGAAUGUACCGUUCACAAGGCCUGUGAAGGCAUCCUGGUUGGUGAGCUGGGAGUGUCUGAUAAGAUAGAUGAG